AUGAGAGAUCCGAGUUCGAAGAUCGCGAGAGAUGUCACUGAAUUGAUCGGGAGGACGCCGCUGGUGUACCUGAACAAGGUUGUAGCCGGGUGCGAGGCGCGCGUCGCCGCCAAGCUUGAGAUCAUGGGGCCCUGCUCCAGCGUUAAGGACAGGAUUGGCUAUAGCAUGAUCGCAGAUGCAGAGGAGAAGGGCCUCAUCACUCCUGGAAAGAGUGUUUUGAUCGAGCCGACGGGCGGGAACACCGGCAUCGGGCUGGCGUUCAUGGCGGCCGCCAAGGGGUACAGGCUGAUCGUGGCGAUGCCGGCGUCGGUGAGCACGGAGCGGCGGGCCGUGCUCAGGGCCUUCGGCGCCGAGGUGGUGCUCACGGACCCGCUGCUGGCCAUGGACGGCGUGGUGAGGAAGGCCGAGGAGAUCGCGGCGAGGACGCCCAACUCCUACGUCCUCCAGCAGUUCGCCAACCCUGCAAACCCCAGGGUCCAUUACGAGACGACUGGGCCUGAGAUCUGGAGCGCAACUGCGGGCGGAGUGGACAUCCUUGUGGCCGGCAUCGGAACUGGGGGCACCAUCACCGGAGCUGGGAAGUACCUCAAGGAGAAGAACCCUGCCAUCAAGGUCUACGGCGUGGAGCCAUCGGAGAGCGCCGUGCUGUCCGGAGGGAAACCCGGUCCGCACAAGAUCCAAGGCCUCGGCGCCGGCUUCGUUCCCGGCGUGCUUGAUGUCAGCAUCCUCGAUGAGGUCUUCCAGGUCUCCAACGAGGAAGCCGCUGGCAUGGCGAAGCAGAUCGCCUUGAAAGAAGGGCUACUGGUCGGGAUAUCGUCGGGCGCGGCCGCGGCCGCCGCCGUCAGAGUCGCCGGGAGAGCCGAGAACAAGGGGAAACUCAUCGUGGCUAUCUUCGCCAGCUUCGGCGAGCGCUACCUGUCGUCUUUCAUGUACGAGUCCCUCAAAAACGAGGCUGAAAGCAUGGUCGUCGAUCCAUGA